GCGGAUAUCAAAGUGUUUACCUGAGGAUUUUGGAAUAAAUUCGCUUAUUUUAUGGCUUAAAUGAAAAGGAAAUGGCAGCGGUUUUCCUGGUCACCUUGUAUGAGUACUCACCACUGUUUUACAUUAGUGUGGUGUCUUUGUGCUUCGUUAUUACUGCCGCCAUGGUGCUCGGCUGGUUUGGGUUUGAUGUUCCGGUGAUCUUACGCAGCUCUGACGAGACAGAGUCCAUCCUACCAACUCCUGAGAAGCAAAUGGUCCAGGUGACCAAUCCCUUCUGCCUGGAGAUGUGCUCUGGACCGAUGUCAGUCACUGAUGGUGUUUUUCUGAGGGCUUGCUGCUUGGAGCCUUGUAUCUUGAGCUGUUUUUGGGGCUGUGAGAUUGGUGCUCUGCAAGGAGCGCUGCAGGCUCACCAGCAUGGCCCGAGACUCAGCACCCCCAGCCAUUUCCAAGAGGCUCUGCGCUUCCUCUACUCCUACUGCCAGAGCUUCUCUAUCAGCAGUGAAGACAGAGAGGGGCACCACACACAGAUUCCAGCUGACCAGGGGAUCAGAGAUUUUGGGCUGUUGCCGAGGGGAUGCUACCCCCUAGUGGCUGUGCUGACACUGGCAGAGCAAGAAGCCAGGGACAUGUACAACAUUGUGGCCAGUGUGACAGUUAUUCAUGUUCCUGAUGACAAAUACAGCCUGUCUGCAAGGAUCGUCUUUCAGUACCUUCUCACCUCACAGGGGAACAUGUAUGAGCUAAAGCCUCUCUUCAUGUCAGCUGGCAGUGAGGGGGCAUCUGGACCUCCUGAAGCAGAACAUAACAUCCAACAACCUGGUGAACCCACAGAGGAGGAGGCCAGCCGAGUGGAGCCGGUGCUAAAGGAAGAGGAGGAGGAGGAGGAGGAGGAGGAGGAGGAGGAGGACUGGUCAGAGGGGAGGGGCAGAGACUGUGUAGUGUGUCAGAAUGCAGCAGUGAACAGAGUGCUGCUGCCCUGCAGACACGCCUGUGUGUGUGACAGCUGCGUGUCUCACUUCCAGCACUGCCCCAUCUGCAGGGCAUUUGUCCUGGAGUCCUUUGCCCUGGCACAGGGUGGAGCUGCUGGAGAGCAAUGACUCCGUCUACAGCAAGAGAAUGUUCCCCAAGAUAAUGUGCAAUG